ACUUUGACUCGAACCACCAUGUACAACCCAAACUUUUGUUUUGCCAUCCCAGCCAAGAUUGAAUGCAACGAUGUCGAAUUGCAACCAUUCGUCCCAGACCGACACGCUGAAUCAUUCUUUGCGGCAACAGCAGCCCACCCCGAACUUUAUGCAUAUCUCCCUUGGGGCCCCUUCUCUUCCACUUCGGAUUUUGUGAAGACCCUCAUCGAAGGUCGUAUUCAACCAGACCAUGGCGCAGUCCUGUUUGCGGUCUUGGAUAAGCCAUCGCGUGAAUUGAGAGGGAUUAUUGGACUGUUGCGCACCUCUCCUACCAACCUGUCGACUGAACUCGGGUUUGUCAUCAUCCUCCCGAAGUUUCAAGGCACCCAUAUAACUCGUUGUGCUGGUGCACUUUUGUUGAAGUUUGUCCUGGGAUUACCGGAGGAAGGCGGGCUGGGGUUGCGUCGGGCUGUCUGGCAAGCAAAUUCAGGGAAUGGGCGUAGUAUUCGCGUUGCAGAGAGAAUGGGCUUCAGACGCGAGGGCCUUUUGCGCUGGGAAAGAACUCUCCCGGGCGGAAAAGAAGGGAGUAGCAACGGGAAAACAUUGCGCGACGAAGACCCCCUCCCAAAUAAUGUUAGUCGAGAUACAGUUCUCCUCAGCGUUUGUUGGGAUGACUGGGAGGAAGGCGGGGUGAAGCAAUUGGUCGAGAAGCUAUUGCAACCGAGUUAG